GCGCGCGCGCGUUUGAGCGAGAGAGGAGAGGGAGAACAGACAGACUAGGAGGAGUGGGGAGAACAGCGGAGAGCAUUAUUACACACGCGUUAGCUUUAAAUUGCCUUUCAACAUAGAGACAUUGAAUGCCAAGCUACUAUGCAAAAAGGGAUGCUGGAUACGAAAAGGGAGAGAAAUGCCCUUAUCGGUCGUCUCAGCAAUAAUAAUAUAGCACGCGCCCUUUACAAAAGUAACUGAUAUCGCACAAAAGCAGGGAAACGGAACGGGAGAGAGAGCAGCAGCGAACUAUGCACUGAGGAUGAUUUCUGCCAGAAAAACUCCGGAGAAGAGUCGCUACCACCUGCAUUAUCUGGUGUGGCAUAACAAACACCGGCAGCUGGAGAAAGAGCUCUCAGCGCGCGAGCAGGUUGAUUUAGAAGUGUUGGACCCACGGGGUCGGACUCCUUUGCACCUGGCCGUGACACUGGGUCAUUUAGACUGCGCCCGUCUGUUAGUCCAGCAUGGAGCUGAUGUCAGCAAAGAAAACAGGAAUUGCUGGACAGUGUUGCAGGAGGCCAUUAGCACACGUAACCCGGAGCUGGUGCGGCUGGUGCUGCGUUACCGUGACUGUCAGCGCACCACUAAGAGACUGGCAGGGAUUCCGCGACUGCUGGAGAGACUCCGACAGGCGCAGGAUUUCUACGUGGAGAUGAAAUGGGAGUUUACAAGCUGGGUUCCGCUCGUGUCUCGUAUCUGUCCGAGUGACACAUAUCGGGUAUGGAAGAGUGGCCAGUGCCUGCGGGUGGACACAACACUCAUGGGAUUUGAUCAAAUGACCUGGCAAAGAGGCAAUCGCAGCUUUAUAUUCAGGGGUCAAGACUCCAGCGCCAUGGUAAUGGAAGUGGAUCAUGACAGACAGCUGGUGUUUUGCGAGACGCUGCCGUGCCACACUUCCUCUCCCGCCUCCCCCUCCCCCAGAUCGUGCACAACCGCUUUGAACCUUCUGGGGGCGCUGCAGCCCAGCGAUGAACAGGUGGCGGCCCGUCUAUCCGCUCCCGUGGUGGCCACGCAGCUUGACACCAGGAACAUCUCAUUUGAGAGGAAUAAAACAGGCAUUCUUGGCUGGCGGAGUGAGAAAACAGAGGUGGUGAACGGGUAUGAAUCAAAGGUUUACUGUGCCUCUAAUGUUGAGCUAAUCACACGAACACGUACUGACCAUCUCACUGACCAGCACAAAACAAAACCCAAAGGCGGCAAGACACCUCUGCAAUCCUUCCUGGGUAUCGCUGAACAGCACAUGGGGCCUAACAACGGACACACAAUGGUGACUCAGAUAUCCUGCCCCUCAACGAACCCAUUGGCCUUGACGGCUGAGGAGUACUUUAAUCCCAACAUGAGUCAGAGAGACAUCGGACAGCCUUGUAACCUCACCACCAAAACACAAAGGUUCAAAGCCAAGCUGUGGUUGUGUGAAUCUCACCCUUUAUCUCUGGAGGAGCAGGUGGCUCCUAUCAUCGACCUCAUGGCCAUCUCCAACACUCUGUUCGCCAAGCUUAGGGACUUCAUCACCUUACGUCUGCCUCCUGGCUUCCCCAUCAAGAUAGAAAUUCCCAUCUACCACAUCCUAAAUGCUCGGAUCACCUUUGGGAACCUGAAUGGUUGUGAAGAGGGUGGUUUGCCCCGGGUGGACACUGAAGGGGACGGACAAAAGGACAGUCCCAGGACAGAGACACCAUCUCCAGGCAGCGACUCUUCCAGCGUGUCCAGCUCUAGCUCCACAAACUCAUGUCGUGGAGGAGAGAUCCCACCUUGUGUUUUUGAGGCUCCGCGGGGAUACAGCAUUUUAGGAGGAAACCAGAGGGAAAACAUUAGAGAAGAAGAGGAUGAUCUGCUACAUUAUGCCAUCCAGCAGAGCCUGAUUGAGGCUGGAUCAGAAUAUGACCAGGUGACGAUCUGGGAGGCUUUGACCAACAGUAAGCCGGGAACACACUCUCUGUCCUGUGACCCCAGCCGACAUGAAAGAACCCCACAGCACAAACCCAGCCCCGUGGAGAGCCCUCGCAGCACACCGACCAAUAAGCCACCGCGCAGCUACGAUGAGCAGCUGCGUAUAGCCAUGGCGCUGUCCGCCCGCGAGCAGGAAGAGGCGGAGCUACGUCAAAGACGAGAGGAAGAGGAACUGCAGCGUAUCAUACAGCUGUCACUCAUGGAAAAGUGACCGGGCCAUUGGGCAGCGAGGGGUGGCAGAGCAUGCCUGGGGAUCUGUAACCAGCGUGAACUAUGAUUGGCCACUCCCGAACGCCCCACCCUCUUCUUCCAAAGAACUGGAACUCUCCAAUGAGUCAUUCAGAAUCACAGAGAACCCUCUGUCUUCACUCUGCAAGUUUACAAACACAAACUACUAAACUCAUGGCAAUCCACUGACUGAUCUGCACCAGUCUGGUCUCCUAACGUGUGAAUGUGCAAUUUUGACCGAGACAAGUCCGCGCUGUGUAUCUUACUGUUGUUUCUUAAAGCUAUCAUCCAAGCACUCACACAGAGUUCCUUCAUACUCACCGUCACCGGUAGGUGUGAAUUCUGGGGGAAAUUGUCACUUUUCAAUUUCACAUUAUGGAUUUAAAGAACUUUAGUUUUGGUUGUUAAUACACACAAUUCACUGCACUUGGAUUGAGGGGUCACGAUGUCUCCUAAUAGAAUGUGGGAGGGCACUUUCUUACACACAAGAGUUAAUGCUGCAAAUCCAACUCAAUUUGAUGGGAAUGCUGCAUUCACAAGGAUGUAUGAAGAAAAACGCAAAUGUUUGCGAAAGUGACACUUAAAAAAAUACUUUUGCAGCAUAUACUCUAAUGUCGGUACGUUAACCUGCUGAACUUUGAGAAUCUCAGACAGGCAGGUCCAGCUAUGAAUUCGGAAAUCUAAUUUGAUGUAUUCCCAUUUGAUUUCAAACUAAAGACCUGUUCACACCAGCAUCACUGUUCGGCACAAAUUCACUGUAGGUGGAAAAGCAGAAACACCCCAGUACAGUACAGAACAAGAUCUGCUUGUUACAGG